CACGUGAGCUGAGAGGUCACGUGAGCCUCAUUCCGAUGCGGUUUAAAUGUGUUUAAUGUGAACGCGCAUAACGGUUCCAGUAACGGCCGCGGUAGAAGAUAGUCAUUCAAUGGUUGAUUGUUUGAUUUGAUCAUGAUGGAUGAGGAGUUUGAUAAGUCUCUUCUCAAAGUCCACGUGAACUACAAUAACUUCCCGGCUAAGUUGUGGCGUUUGAUAAACAGUCCCCAAAACGACUCGGUCUUCUGGAGCCCGAAUGGCGAGAGCGUGAUUGUCGACCAGCAGCGGUUCGAGGAUGAGCUGCUGUCGCCGGUCAGACAAGACGCCAAACUCUUCAAGACCACCAACUUCACCAGCUUCAUCCGGCAGCUCAACCUCUACGGCUUCCGGAAGGUUUAUGACAGGUCCUUCAAGGACAGACGCCGCAACCUGCACCACUUCCACAAUCCCUCCUUCAAACAGGGUCGGCCAGAGCUUCUGGUCCACAUGAAGAGGCUCACAAUCAGUAACAAGGCCAAGAUGCAGGCCGGAGAGGAGGUGACCUGUCGCCCCCCGCGCCGAAACCAUCAGCAGUCUCAACACAACACCACAGAUGCAAAGAGAGGUUUUGCAGACCCAAAUCAGCACUUUGGUUCUGUGUCCCAUCAGCAGAGGGUGUCCGACCGAAGCCCGAUCCCUCCACGCUCCUGGAUCUUUCCUUACAGUGAUGUGCCUCCCUUCUACUCUAACAAAGGCAUCCCGGUUUCUGUCAUCCGUCUGAAUCCGUACAACACUCCUCACAGGAUCCAGUCCGGUCCUGGUGCUCUGUUCCCACAGGAGCCUAAAUAUAUACCUCAGCAGCUGUCCUAUCCUCCUGGAUUUUACUCGCCAGUUUGUCAGUGUUGCACUGCUGUUUUAUUGGCAGAUCGAGCAGGUGCAGAUCAGACAGCUCUACCAUAUUCACAUUAUGCUUAUUACCCGAACUAUUCACUAAGCCACCAUCACAACAGCAUACAAACAGCAAACUGGCCCGCACACGUUACGCCUGAGUCUCAGCGGGGCGAUGUGAACCUCGACAGGGUGUUCCAGAUGGUGGAUGAGUUCCAGGACUUGCCCAACGUCCACGUAGUCCGAGUGGGCACUCCUGUGACCGGCCAGCACACCUCCAGCCCAUCUCUCUGCACUCUACCUGCCGCCUCCAAACUGGAGCGCGACAGUCGUCAAACUGCUGCAUCCAGUCCUGUGAGAGACGAGCGUCCCUCUGCCAUGGGCUGCAGUGUGGGAGCUCAGUACAUCAAACUCGAGUCUGAGGGACAUGAUGCUGAGAAGCAGGGAGCCGGCCAACUCAAAGAAGAUGAUUCAGCAUCCCUGGAGGCCUCAGAAAAGGCUUCUACAGAUCAGAAAGUGACUCAGGAAUGCAUCAGAAACUGACAGCAGAGCAAGACUCAGCUAUUCUAGAUGACAGGCAGGAUUCAUCAGCAUAUGCAAAUGACAAGCAUCAUAAAGCUAUUAAUUAUUUAAUUAUUAACUUAAGUAUUAUUAUUAUUGAUUAUACAAUUUAUUUACAGUAUUUUAAAAGUGGUAUGAACUAUUUAAGAAACUUUUGAAGAUUUGAAGAAGUGUUAAGUUAAAAUUGCAUGAUGUUUUGUUUUUUUAGUUGUUUUCUCACAGAGUUUCUGCCUUUAAUUUUAAUGGUAUUUAUGCUAAAUACACUUUAAAUAUCUACAGUGAAUGUGAUAUUAUUUAUCUUAUAUCCUAUAUAUUUCAGUAUUCAUAAGCAUCAGUAUAUAAUUAUUAUUCUUUUUUUUUAUGUAGCACAAGAGUGAAAGUCAGAUUUUAAUAGCAUUGAAUGAACUGAUUUGUUUUUGGCUUUUCUGAAUUUGAAUAAAUGCAAAGCAAGUGAA